UUCUCAGACAACGACAGCGUCAAAGGAUGACGAGACGACGUUGACGUUCAGCAAGACCCUUCUUCCUCUACCGUCUCGUCAUGAACGGCAUUCCACAUUCCCAAUUGGCACCUCUGCCAUCUCAGCUGCCGUUUCGAAUCGUCUCACCUACAAUAGGAUCUGGAGCAUAUGCAUGUAUCAAGAAAGCCGCUCCUCUCAAGGAAGAAGUCCCUGUCUUUGCCAUCAAAUUCAUCAACAAACUCUUCGCCCAGAAAUAUGGCCGCAUCAAACAGAAACAACUCGAGAUGGAGAUCUCCCUACACAAACAUCUCGGUCUACAUAAAAACAUAGUCGAGUUCUUCGACCAUGGUGCGGAUCCUGACUGGGUGUGGAUAGCCAUGGAGCUGGCAGAAGGAGGAGAUCUCUUUGACAAGAUCGAGGCAGAUGCUGGUGUUUCCGAGGACAUUGCCCACGUCUACUUUACGCAGAUGAUCAGUGCCAUUGGUUACAUGCAUGCAAAAGGGGUGGCUCAUCGAGAUAUCAAACCUGAGAACGUGCUGCUGUCUGCGGAGGGAGACCUCAAGAUCGCUGAUUUCGGCAUGGCCACAUUAUUCGAAUACGGAGGCCGGAGAAAACUUGCAACAACUCUCUGUGGGAGCCCACCAUAUGUUGCUCCCGAAGUGUUGUCGUGUAGCUCGCAACCAGGCACGAAAGUCGCCGGCUAUGCAGCCGAUAUGGCGGAUAUAUGGUCCUGCGGUGUCGUCCUUUUUGUUUUGCUCGCGGGAAAUACGCCGUGGAGUCGUCCGGUAGAAGGACGAGACGAAUAUGGCAGACCGAACGAGUACAGCGAGUACAUUUCCAGCAACGGACGACCCGAUGACGAGCUAUGGGAGGCGCUUCCUUCCGAAGUAUUGUCGCUUCUUCGAGGAAUGAUGCGAGUUGAUGUCAAGUCGAGAUUCUCCCUUGAAGAUGUUCGGCGGCAUCCGUGGUUCACGAGACCCAAUAGAUUUCUGGACCAGAAGGGCAGACUCAAUGAUCCUAUCACUCUGGCCACAGACAUGUUUGAAGCACUACAUGUCAGCUUUGAUUCAGAUCCUUUGGCUGGUACGCAGCGACAAAAGUCUGUCGACGAAAUGGACAUUGAUGGACCUGCGGCCAAACUAUCGUCAACGCAACCUGAAAUCCCGACCGAAGACAUGCUGUUUGAUUGGAGACGGCCAACAGAUCUCACAUCCUUCAACACGCAGGCGGCGCACGGUUUGAGCGCAGGCGGAUUUGCUACACAAUCCAUGUCAACCACCAACUUCCUCCUCGAUGAACCGGCGACCCAGCAAUUCUCACAGCGUCCUAUGGUGCCGUUGACCAGAACGCAAAUGGCUCGUAAAUUCGGUGACAUUCUACCUUCUCACGGAAUGACCAAGUUCUAUUCUGUUUGGGCAUUACAUUUGCUAUUCCCAUAUAUCCUGGAAGCUUUGAGCCGGCUGGGAGUACCGACUCCGAACACACCUCGACCUACAGCCAGGGAUGUGGAAUGUCGAAUCAAGGUCAAGGCACAAGAUAGUCGAGGAUGUUCUCUACGAGGUGAGAUUGCACUUGAGCUCGUCGAUACUGGACUUGUAGAGGUCAAUUUCGUCAAGGCAUCUGGAGAUCCCCUGGAAUGGCGAAGAUUCUUUAAGAGAAUGGCUGUACUUAGUCAAGAUGCUGUUUACAAGCCAGAAGAAUAGAAAAUAUCAAAAGUUGUCCUCGGAUGAGUGUUGGUACAUAUGA